AUGCCAUCACUUGCCAAACCCGAAAUCGAAUUCACGCCCGUCACAGACAGCAAGGGUGUGUUUUCGUCCAGCGUCACUUCCCACUCCAAUGCCGAUGGCACUUUCACCAACCAUCGGACUUACUUACUCUCCCAUGAUCCCACUACCGGCGACAAAACGAUUCUGAAGGAACACUCUCCUGGCAGCGUCUGGGGCGGAAACCCGGGCGACAACUUCGACAAAGACACCGUCUGCUCGCACGACUACUGGGAGGAAUGCUACAUUAUCGAGGGGCGUCUCUACGACGUGGGCAAGAAGCAGUGGUUUGCCGCCGGCAGUUAUUGCUGUAGGCCACCGGGGAUGUUGCACGGACCUUGUAUGGCGGAUGAAAAGGUCGGGUGUAGGGAGAUCUGUACAGCUAGAUAUGAGCAGAAGUAG